AGACGGCCCAGAGUGCCAAUCACUGAUUCCACGUGGAAUUAUCCUGCGUCACGUUUUCCAUCAGUUCUUGCUUAAAACAAAUACCGACCCGUAGUUGCAAGAUGGAGGACGUGCCCUGUCUAACUAGAGCACCAGCGUAACAUUCCCGCAGCCAGAAUGGUCUUUGGUUCUGUUAGCAGUAAUCUUGAUUUUUUUUUUUUUUUAAGUUGUACAUUAACUUUGCUCGAAUUGGACCUCUAAGCCUGAAUCCCUGGAAAACUGCAAAAGUCUUUGCUUACAUUUUUUCUAAAUGACAACUUCUGCCUCAAGAUACACGGCAGUAUAAACACAACACUUCAUGUGACGAGAAAAUCCGGAUGGCAAAAAUUUCAGUAUAACGCUGCAUUCAACUGCUGUCGAAAAUAUCGAAUAUUACGAGUUGUGUGGACAUGAACGAGCCAACAAAGUCGCAAUUACCAGUGGGAAACUCGAGUUUUUCGGGACUUGUGGCGUUAGGUCGUGUCAGUUUAAGAGUAAGAAUCAUAUGUUAUGUUAGUUUUUAGUAUUCUUUGUUAGUAUCUAGUAUUACUAUUUUAGCGUGUUAGUAUUUUUAAUAUAUUUUAGUUGACACGCGCUUUUGUGCAUGCACGCCUGAUAUCUCUUGCAAACUACGAAGCCAGUGGCUAGCCUGCUACUGGAAAAAAAAUGUGUGCAGUGCCGCUUGCUUUCGUAAAUACUAGCCACAAAAAACCUGCUCCCACAGUGCGUUCAUGCAUUUUUUAUUCCCGAUCAAGAGCACUUCGAGUGCGUGACUCCGAAGUGGGAGCUAACGACUCUGAGCACAUGGGCAGCAGUUGGGGAGCUACAAAAAUUGGACACGAACAUUUCUGUAAAACGCUUUAAAUCACAGUUCCCAUUCCAAUUUUUCCAGUGUUUGCUUUCAGACGCAUUAAAACUUAUGGGGUCAUUUAUGUUCCUGAGAUUGGAUGGUUUCUUACAUUUACUCUACGGAUGACCGGACCGCACCAAAUCAGUGUCAGAUUCUGUGCAUAGUUCGCUUAUUUAUUGUAAGCAAUCAUAUGUUACUGCAGCCUCGGAUUUAUUUCCGAUUAUGGGAACUAAUAGGCCUACUGUAACGCAUAUAGUUUACGCAUCGAUAAUGACAAACCAUAUCAAGGACGGGGCGGUGUCUGCAAAGGAAAUCGAAACUUAACUUCGAAUAAUAACACAAUAGCCUAGUUCCAACAAGGAAGCGUGUUACCGCAUAUACCCAAAGCAGAAUUAUAGACAUCCGGCCCAGCAUCUCUGAACCAAAUCUUCGGAACGACAAGCGGUCCUCAUUGUGAGCAAAAUGAAGCGGGACAGGUUAUUUUGCGGAUUUUGUCAUUCUUCCGAAGAGUCAGAGAUCACGGGACCACUUCUAAACAAAGACGACGUAGUGGCCCAUCGAAAUUGCCUGUUCUACUCAUCCAAUAUCGUAAACAAAAAUACGCCUGACGAUGACGAUCUGUUUGGAUUCCUCCCCGAAGACGUGAAGGAGGAAAUCAGGAGGGGAUGCCGACUGAAAUGUGCCAGGUGCAAGAGAACUGGGGCCACUGUUGGUUGUGAGGUGAAGAGAUGCAAAAAGAGUUACCAUUACCCGUGUGCUGUGGUGGACGAUGCGAAAAACAUUGAGGAUGAUGACAAUGGCAUUUUUAAGAUAUAUUGUAAAGUGCACAAGGAAAAUUCAGACACACGAAAUGAUGAGAGUGAGAGUGAGUGUGUUGUGAAGAGAAAAAGACCUCGUCCCUCCCCUGGGGCUACUGCACGGAGGAUUCUGGAUGACGAUAGUUCCGCCACAGAUGACAGCCUGAAAGGCAUAGACCCUGAGCUGGGACCACUAGAGUCUGACCUGGAGGACAGUAGAGAGUUGAGACAAAAUUCACCAAUCCCAGAUGAACCUGGAAGAGACGUGUCAGAAGAACCAAAGCCAUCCACAUCAGGCGCGUUUCCGCACGGCGACGCAGAACCGCCGGCUGUCGCAAAGGAUACGGCAGAUAAUAGCGGUCCUGACCGGCAGGAGAGGACGGACAGGACCGAGCUCAGAAAGAAUCGAGAACCAAAAGUACACCUAGUGCACCUUCGCAAUGGGGAUGCAGACGAGACGGAUAUAGACUCUGUGAGUUGGCCAUGCCCGGAGAAGGACCAAGAGUCCCAGUCCAUCCUGGUGCCAGUGAAUAUCACUGAAGUGGUGCCAAUCACCCCAGAUCAUUCAGCCUCAGUGAGCAGCCUCGAGUCUGGGGCCGGGGGCACCUCCGAGGCGGUCCAGUUCUGGAGGAGGUGCCGUGAAGCAGGCUGUGUGGAGACCAUCUUCCGCACCUUCAUUUUCGCCAUGAACACCAUUUCGGAAAAGAUCCUGUCGGAGCACGCCAGCGAGGAAGAAUGUGCCCUCUCGCUCCGAGUGCUGGAAGCUUCCGGAAUGCUACCAGAAAUGUUUGCACAGAUAGACAGAGAAUACGAGGACAGGCUGCUCAGCCUCCAGAGGGAAAUGGAGGCGGUGAGGAAGACGAGGUCAGCAGCGAAGAGCGCUGCCCAAAUGAAGAGUCUGAACUGAUGGAUCCUAAAGGCAUUCUGGGACAGUGGGAAUCUUGCCAUGCAGACCCCAGCGAUGAGAAGAGCUUGCCUGCCCUCCAGAAGAAAGCAUCACCUGAUCUUCAGGAUGGCCUUGUGGACGUGUAUGUACUUCCCGUCCACGCAGAACUUGAGGUCUGACGUCUCCGGGCUGUCGAACUCUUUCUUCAACGACUGAGCCACGGUCAGGAAGUCAUCGUGCUCUGGACACAGACAAAAAAAAGAAGAAGAAACACAGUCACAAAUAUGCGCUUCGUGCUAGCAAUCGAGACUCUCCUUAGAUAAAGCACCAUGAUUGGCUAAAACCAGUGAGUCACCAGUGGCAAUCAACAGCACCACUUUGACUCAUCUUGGGUAGGGAUGCACCGAAAUGAAAACUCUUGGCCGAAACCGAAAAUAAGGAAACACUUGGCCGAAUACCGGGCACCGGUAUUUUUUCAUUUAUUUGCCCAUUGUACCACUGCAUAAAUUAAAUCAAUUUUGCUUUUGAUUUAUGUUUUUCAAUGACAAAAUUAAAUUACAAAACGACAAGGUGAUGAAAAAACUUUUAUUAGUCUAUUGAACAUUCAGUCCUUUUCAGCAGCCAUACAAAAAAAAGGCACAAUAACUGGGGUAAUGAAGAGGGCAGGGAGUGUUCCACAGAAAGCUGAUAUGCUAGUAUAAUAUUCAGUAAAAAAUCUUUUUGGGAGGUAAUUCAAGAUCUUUAUUAUUUUCCUUUGUACAAUACAAGAAUACAAUAACUAAAAAAAAAAAAUAAACGGAGAAAA